GACUCAUGGUACGAAGACCUCGUGCGUGAUGAGUAUGCCAUAGUCAUGGGAGCGAUACCUCGCGAGCGUGCCGACCAAAACGCCUCAGACAUGUACCCGUACCUCGAUGGCUUCAAUCCAGGCUUCGACCGCAACGACCCUAGCACAGUGCAAGCAGACAAACUGCCCCUGAUCAACAAUAAGGGCAUGUGCAUGCGCUACGCCGUCAACCACGAAGAUUUUGCCUGGAAAGUCCGAUCCGAGGCGGGCGUCAUCGAUGCCUUCACCAAAGCCUACCAGACCGAAGACCACAUCGUAUCCUUCGACGCCGUCAACUUUGGAUUCUCCAACCGCAAAGACCUCCCGCCCAACACCUCAUGGCCGCAUCAAGACCAGGACCGCACCAAGCCCGGAUUCCGAUGUUUGCAAGGACCUACUGCUCGGGGACUCGGCACGCCUCACUACAACCUGUCCUCCAAGUCCGCUAGGCCAUGCUUCUGCGCAUACACGUGCUACAUGCCCCUCGCAGACGUGACGACCGAAGACCUGCAGAAGAAGAAAGCUGCAUUUGAACGUGAGCAAUCAAAGAUCAUGUAUGGUAUCGACUGA